CCUGCGAGAGUGACAAGUGACCCGAUUCGUAGUUUUCAUUUUCUUCUCGCCCGCCAGUGCCACUUCGGUAGAGCCGCUCGAUUGCUUCCUGGCCUACUGCGACCUCCGGAAAGAUACUAUAGUGGAAAAUCAACAUAUUGUGACCGUUUUUGUUGACGAAGAAACCUGGAUACAAUGAAAAUACUAAGAUAGGGAAUUCAACGGGUAACUCCAGCUCCGAGAUGGAAGACCCAGUGGGGGCGAGUGAGAUCGUGCAGGAUCACAGGAACCUGCUGUACUGGGCCAAGACCUACAACCAGUCGAACAUCACCCUCCACCUACCCAUAAACAUGCGAUUCAACGACGGCCACAGACUUUCUAUAAUAGUGUAUAGUAUUCUCAUGGUGUUCUCGGCUAUAGCCAAUAUCACAGUGUUAGUUUUGUUAGUGAAAAGACGUAGAAAGACUCCUUCGAGGAUAAAUACGAUGUUGAUGCAUCUGGCGAUAGCUGAUUUAUUGGUUACAUUCCUGAUGAUGCCCCUCGAGAUCGCGUGGUCAGCCACAGUGCAAUGGCGAGCGGGGGACCCCAUGUGUAGGAUAAUGUCUUUUUUCAGGACCUUUGGACUGUAUUUAUCCAGCUUCAUCCUAGUGUGCAUUAGCAUUGAUAGGUUUUACGCCGUUCUCAAACCACUCCACUUGGCCGCCUUGGACCGGAGGGAGAGACUUAUGUUGAUAGGGGCCUGGUUGGGCGCCGUCCUCUGCAGCUUGCCCCAGAUGGCAAUCUUCCACGUGGAGGCGCACCCGAACAUCACGUGGUACUACCAGUGCGUCACCUACAACGUACUCCCAUCGUACGCUCACGAACUGAUGUACACAGUCUUUGGUAUGGUGAUGAUGUACGCGCUUCCUCUGCUGGUGAUAAUCUACUCGUAUGCCUCCAUACUUAUAGAGAUUUGCAGAAGGACGAGGAACCCUGUAGGAGCGGACAGCAUCACGAGAUCAAGUUUGCCAUUCCUAGGCAAAGCUAAAAUUAGGACGCUAAAAAUGACAAUAAUCAUAGUAUUAGUCUUCUUCGUAUGUUGGACACCGUAUCAAGUCAUGAGCAUUUGGUACUGGUACGACAGGGAGUCCGCGCUAGAAGUGGACGAGCGCAUCCAAAAGGGCCUCUUCCUCUUCGCCUGCACCAACUCCUGCAUGAACCCCAUCGUGUACGGGGUGUUCAACAUCCGGGCACGCCGCAAAGGCACUAAGGUGAGACCUAGGGCGUACACAUACCAAAACUCGCAGAGCACCAUGACGGUGACACACCCCACCAUAGACACCAAGCUGCCGCCUAUAGAGCUUUCCCAUAAGAGUGUGGAAUGAUUCUUCUGCCAUCUGGCUUGCCUCAAAUCGCACAAAAGGUCCCCGAUGUGGCUCAAUUACAAAAUUAUUCAUGCGUUAUUUCCUUGUUAUCCAGUUUUGAAUUUAGUAAAUGCAAAAUUAAUUUCUGAUGGAAAAUAUGCGAGUUUUAGCAGAUUUUACAACUUCGUAAUCCUCUUAUCGGACUAUUAUGACGCUUUAAUCUUUUUGCAGUUCUGGAUGCGGAAAGUUUAAAUUGUACGCCUGGCAGCUAUAAUGUCUAAAAAUGCAUUUAGAAUUACGACUUGCAUGCCUGCAUAAAAUUGAUUCGUAGAUUAAAUUUCCUCAAGUGGAGAGGGCAAAUUUAAUAACACAGAGAAAUUGUGACCAAAAUGUAAAUUUACACAUCCUUUAUUAUCCGAGAUAUUGCAGUUGAGGUUUUCGAAUACUUUUUGGUAAUAAAGCUUUAAACGCGUUUUUCUUUAGGUUCUGCAGCUACAGACAAAUUAAUUUAUUCUUCUGGUUUAAUUAAUUUGACAAAUUAGAAUGUGUUCCAGGUUUUAUCAGUUAGUUUUACUCGAAAAUCAGGCUUUUUUUCGAAAAACAUAAGAGAGUAGUAAUUUAUAGCAAAAUGAAA